CGAUUUCCAGGGCAUUCUACAGAACAUGGCGUCUCUCUCAGCAUCUCUGCUUGUCUCUAUAGUUGUCCUGGUGGUAGUAGACUCUAAAUGCCCUCUGGAUUGGGUGGAAUUUGAUACCAACUGUAUUCAGUUCACGAAAACACAACAAACAUGGACAGAUGCAGCUAACGCCUGUCGCAGUAUGGGUGCUCAUUUAGUGACUGUUGACACAGAAGCUAAAGAUAAUUUUAUCAAACAGUUCCUCAACGUUUUUGCAAGUGAGAAACUGACCCACUGGUGGAUUGGAGGAAGUGACUUUGCUGUGGAGGGAACGUGGCAGUGGAUAGCUGGGGGAACAGUGGGUUCCUACAAUGGAUGGGGCCCAGGACAGCCGGACGGAAAUAACACGGCUAACUGUAUGUCCUACAAAUUUUUCAACCACACGAUAAUAGGCUGGUCUGAUGACGUAUGUGCCCCUCAUGUUCACCAUGGACAUCAUUCUCACCUGCCUGGAUACAUCUGUGAAAAACCGCUUUCAUCUUUCGCCUCGGCCUCUGGUAUUGUUGGAUAAUCUGAAUUUAUGUAGAAUCAGCUGAUCUUGUCAGUCUUUAUAUUAAAUCACAAUCAA